AUGGUGAAGAUAGUGACAUACAACGUGAACGGGCUGCGGCCGCGGGUGGCGCAGCACGGCUCGCUCCGCCGCCUCCUCGACUCGCUCGACACCGACAUCAUCUGCUUCCAGGAGACCAAAUUGUCGAGGCAGGACUUGUCUGGGGAUGUCAUAAUGGCCGAGGGAUACGAGGCUUUCAUUUCGUGCAAUCGUUCUUCGAGAGGGCGUGGACCAUACUCUGGUGUUGCAACGUUUUGCCGGGUGACAUCAGCAUUUGCCAGUCAGGAGGUUGCUUUGCCGGUAGCAGCUGAAGAAGGCUUUGCUGGAUUACAGGGCUCUGCAAAGGACAAUGAAGUUAUUGGGGAUUUUGUUCUUGAUAUGCCUAUGGAUGAGGAAGAUCUUGGCGAAAUAACAAGAGAGGAGCUGCUCAGGGUGGACAAUGAGGGGCGAUGUAUCAUCACUGACCAUGGACAUUUUGUUCUUUUCAAUAUAUAUGGCCCAUCUAUUGGAGAAGAUGAUGAAGAACGGGUUCGUUUUAAGCUACUGUUUUACAAGAUAUUGCAGAAACGAUGGGAAUUUCUACUGGCUCUCGGAAAGAGAGUCUUCGUUGUUGGAGAUUUGAAUAUUGCUCCUAGUUCGAUAGAUAGGUGUGACGCAUCUCCUGGAUUUGAGAAGCAAAUGUUUCGGGAGUGGCUGAGAUCCAUGUUAAGAGAACAUGGAGGUCCCUUUUUUGACGCUUUCAGAUCAAAGCACCCUGAAAGGACGGGAGCUUAUACUUGCUUUAAUCAAAAAGUUGGAGCUGAAGAAUACAAUUACGGUUCUAGAAUAGACCACAUUCUCAUUUCUGGUGCCUGUUUUCAUGACUGCAAUUCGGUGGAAGAUCAUAGCAUUUUCCAUUGCCAUGUUGAGGAUUGUGAGAUAAUGAAUCAUUUCAGAAGAGGGGAUUCAGGAAAUAUCUCAAAGUGGAAAGGAGGGAGAAGUAGUAAGCUAGAAGGGUCUGAUCAUAUUCCAGUUUAUAUGAUACUGAACGGAAUACCUGAACUUCCUGCCCAUAAUACCCCACCAUCAGCUGCAAGAUAUCUCCCAGAAAUCCGUGGGCGGCAACAAAGUAUAGUAUCAUUCCUCGGUAAAGGAAAAUUGUGCGAAGCUGAAGAUGGCCCAGGUUUAAACAUAUCCAGGGAUAGAGAAAACCAAAGCUGCUGUAGUGAUGACCUGGAAAGGAGAAGCAUAUCCAAGGAAGAAUUAGCAACUGGUAUAACCGAGUUUUCUAAAGGUGUUAACCAACCUAGUCCGACGUCUAAGCGGAGGAAUCUUGAUCAUUGGAUAAAUGAAGGUUCAAGUGGCAGCUCUGUAACAUUACUAGCAGCACAAGGUAUGAAAACUUCCUUUUCUGGUGUCAAGUCUGUGUCAAACAAGAAAAACAAGCAUAACUUAUCCUCACAGCCAACAAUCAAGUCAUUUUUUCGAAGACCAGAAACAAAGCCAGGGGAUGCCAAUAUCAAUAGCUUAGCUAGUUCAGUAGAUACAGUACCUAGUUCAGUAGAUACACUACCUAAGAUGGAUGAAUUAUGUUCUCCACAAGAUGAUAGUCUGCAAGAAAACAUCCAGUGUACAGCUGCAGCUGACGGAGAUCCGGAUAACUCAAACAUAUCAUCUUCACUUUCAACUUAUAAAUGCAAUAUUGCAACAUUGGAGUGGCAAAGAAUACAACAGAGAAUGAAAAUGACCCUACCACUUUGCAAAGGACACCGUGAACCUUGCAUUCCAAGGUCUGUGAAGAAGGGCUCCAAUAUCGGUCGCUUAUUCUAUGUCUGUGCCCGUGCUCAGGGACCUUCAUCAAAUCCAGAAGCGAACUGCAAUCACUUUCAAUGGGCCUCUGUAAAAUCUAAAGGGAAGCGGCAAUGA